GAGCCGAGAGAGAAACAAAAACGUGACUAGGCACCCAAAGCGUCCUGUUAUGCAACAACUGACCCACUAACAUACAUUUAGAGACUCGGAGAGAGAAGCAGAGAGAGAGAGGGACGAGCCGGAGCAAACACGACAUGAGCGGUGCGCUGAAAACAGGAGCACUGUGUUCACGCUCCCGCAUACACCCGCACUAACGGGAGAGCUGGCGCUCUGAAAGUGGCGGACGGUGUGUGCGAGUGUGUGCCGAUGCGCAAAACGGAUUGCUGGACGCGUACAGGACCGCGUGCAUCUCUGUGGAUUGUGGCCUUUGACGAACAAGGGCCUUUCAUCUGGCUGAGGUGACAGAGCCAGACAGAAGGAGGGAGAGCUCCCCAAGAGGCUGACACACUGAGGUAGACGGCCGACCUACAUCCUGCUGCUCGUGUGGAGCUAUAGGACACUUCUCUGCCAGCUGAGCCACAUCUUUACCAGCCAACAGCGGAAAAGCAGGAGGGGUAACAAGGAAUUUUACUCACUGUUUCAACUUUAAGGACAGCUGUGCUCUCACCACACUGGUCCGGUCCAUUCAGGGAUGUUGAAACUUUGAAGAGUCUGGACACUGAACCAAAAAUCCUUCAAGUGGGUAAAUGAGGGUUGCUAAUGCUGAACUCCAGUUGCUCUCUAUCUUCUUUAUCUUUUGGUUAAUUUGGACACUUGAGUCCUGCAAUAAACAGACCAAGAGCUUCAGAAGAAAACUUUCAAAGGGGUUUCACCAACACCCCUUCCUCCCCUUCACCUCUGACCUGGUGGUCUCCCCAGUCGCCCAAACAACAUUUCAAACUGGCUGCCACUAGGCAAGAAUGGAAAAUCUGACGUCAGCUCUCAAAACAUUAAAAAACUCAGGGAAUAACCUAAACUGCCUUGAGACCUUUAGCGGUUAUGAGGAGUCUCUUUCGUCUAUCCAGGGGACUGCUGCUCGCAUGGGGCGCCUCAUCAAACCGAAACCCAACAUGAGCUGCAGGCGAAAGCGCGAGUUCAUUUCUGACGAGAAGAAGGACGCCUCCUACUGGGAGAAACGUCGCAAGAACAACGAGGCUGCCAAGCGCUCCCGGGAGAAGCGACGUCUCAAUGAUAUGGUUUUGGAGAACCGUGUCAUUGCACUGAAUGACGAGAAUGUGAGGCUCAAGACCGAGCUGCUCCAGCUCAAGUUACGCUUUGGCCUGAUAAGCACUGCUUCAUACAUUGAAAAGAGCCAGCAAAUCGGUGGAAGCAGUGGCGCAGGAAAUGGAGGCUCGUCCUCAUCCUCCUCUACUCACUACUACUCCAGCGGUUACUCAAACGGUUCUCAGGUGAUAAUGAACUCAGACUCCUCAGAAACAGAGCAGUCAGGGCGCGGUGAGAGCCACAGGCAGCUGGUGAAAUACUCCCCUCGUGGCUCCCUCUCCGACAUGUCUGACGGCUCCUCGAGGGACAGCCCCGAGCCAAUCCCGUUUGAAAUCAAACAGGAGGGUGACAGGCUGGAGAUGGACAUUGCCAGUGGCACCACCACCCAGAUCAUGUUUAAGAUCCACCAUGGUCUGGCCUCUCUACCCACUCACCACCAGAUCCAGCAGCAUUCUCAGGAACCGGAGGCUGCGUAUCACAGCCAGCAGCAGCACCAACAAAAACCCCACCAGGAGCCUGUUCCCGCAGUGAAUGUUGUCAGCCAGCCUGCCCCGCACCUGCCUGCUGCCCAAAGAAGCGUCAUCCUGUAUGGCUCCAGCAGCGCGUCCUACCCUGUGGACACACUGCCGAAUCCCCAGGAUACUGAUCUGCAGGCAGCCCAGAAGCAGAGCGGCGGGGGGGGCGCAACGCAGCUGCCUCAGUCCAUUAGUGAGAGCUCCACAGAGACACUGGCUGAGGUGACGAAACAGCUGGAGAGGAAGACGCUGGACUCCCCUCCAUACGAGCUCUCAGACAGUCACGCUGAGGCUGGAGAUGGACAGGUGUACAGAGUGUGCCAACUUCCCCAGCAGCGCCUGCAGCACGAACAGCAGGAGAACGAUCUGUCUGCAGAGCCCGGGGUCAACCACAUCUUCCUCCAGCAGCUUCAUCAGUCAUACCUCAGCGGCCAGGACGAGGAGCCACCUAUGCUUACCUAUGAGGGUGGGCCCAGGAGUGAGGCUUACGACCAAGGCCAGUCAAGCUGCUGUAGCAAGGACACGUCAUCCAGCGAUGGAGAUCCCCGCAGCUCUGACAAAGAGGCCUCCACAGAUGAUGACGAGUCCCCGUCCUCCUCCUGCUCAGAUAUGGGCAGCUACCACAGCCAGCAUCUUAGCGGCCUCCACCAGCCUGCCUCACCUGUGCCCUCCUCCCACGGCUGCACACAGACCCAAGGCCGGGGUCCCCAGGGGGAGGUGAAGGGCACGGCGCUGCCCCACAAACUCAGACUCAAACACCGGGCCAUGAGCACCGGGAGCACCGGCGGCAGCUGCUCUGGGCAGGAGUCCCCAACCACCCCUCCCUCUGCCACACCGCCUCCCCUACCCCAGCAUCCCUACCUCUCCCUCACUCCACCACAGAACACACCAGAGCCCAACUGAGGGGGAAAGGAAGGAGACGGGGGCACUACGAAACAAGAGGCGAGAUUAGGUGACAUUCACUUUAAGAAACUUGUCACAACUGACACAAGAACUACCCUGCCACCAUGCCUUUGCCCUAUAAUCACAUCCCCUCCUCGUGCCCUGAGGACAGGAGGCCGGGCUUUUCUACCCCACGUCACCAACGAGGCUGGACAUGUUGUAGGGCUGUAUCAUAAGUGUAUAUAUUGUACAGAGUUGUCAUUACUUACAUCCUCUCCAUACUCAUGGAAGCACUUUUGUUUAUGUGAUGAGAGGAGGAAUGGAACUGUCUGCUUCUCUACUUUGGUCGUCCGAUGUUUUACAGCAGAGACAUCAGCAAAGGCACUGAUGAUCUCAUACAAACCAGAAUGUCAGCACACUAAAGGUGCUGAGCUUGAUCAGUUCUACAAAUCAGACAAACAUACCCAUUAAAAAAAUGAAUCAAACCAACCUGGGGACAGUCGACCCCAGUCAACCAAAGAAGCACCAACACUACAAAUAUGAAGUUCCAUACCUCCUCCCAGACCCUACCUCUACCAGCCACACUCUCCCCAACCAUUCAUUCACAGAAGAUCACAUCACCUUUAUUUUUUAAGCACUUGGUUUGUAUAUUACUGUGAUAUAUGUAUC